AUGCCUUUCUGCAAGAGGACGACACUUCCCAAAGAUGUGUGCAAGCCCGGCGGCGGAGGGCUGCGGCUGCGGGAGGCGCGUCCCCGCCGGCCGCCGGAGGUCUUCUCGGACCUGGCGGACGUGUGCGGCUUCUCGCUGUGCUCGGUGCUGCGGCAGCUGAGCGACCUGUCCCGGCACUCGGUGAGCAUCCUGGAGGAGCUGGAGGGGGAGCUGGUGUCCGUGUGCCGCCGCUCCGGCGCGCUGGAGGGACGGCUGGUCCGGCUGCAGAGGCGCGUCGGGGAGCUGCUCAGCAAGCCGCCACCGAGAGCCACUAGCGGUCUCGAGGCGGAGGGCGGCAGGCGCGGUGGCAGCAGCAGCAGCAGCAGCAGCAGCCAUCAUGGAGGCGGUGGUGGUGAUGGCGGCGGCGGCGGCGGCGGCGGUGGAGCGGCCCACUUCAAGUCUCCAUGGCAACAGAGCGUGAACGUGUUCGGCUCGUGGAGCAGACCGGUCUGUGUGGAGGAGCUGCACCAGGAGGCUCAGCUCAACCUCCAGAGCCUGCUGCAAGACUUUGAGGAGCAGUUGUACGACACCAAGCUGACCGGUCAGACGUUCCGGCAUCCGUCCUCUCAGAGCUCCGACGACACGUCCACCUCGCUCAGCCGCUCGCCCGUCUCCCUCAACAACAAGAGACCCGACUUCAUCUUCCUGCCGGCGUCCAAACAGCUUUACGACGAUGAAACCUCCUCCUCCGUGUUCGGACUGAGGUCAGCGACCGACCCGUCUCCCUCCCCGACCCCGUCCCCCUGCGGCUCGGAUCGCCCCCCUCUGGGCUGGAGUAGUAACAACAGCAGCAGCAGCACCGCCACGUCAGUGAACACCGGACCGCCCACCGCAGAGAAACCCCGCUGGCACCUGGGGAGACGGGCGCCGGCGCACUUCUUACCACACGACAUCACAGGAGAAGGUGAGGGAGGAGGAGGAGGAGGGGGGAAAUUCCACGGCGUCGACCUCCUCCAGCACUCCCCGUCCCCGUCCCCGUCCCCAGGGGACCCCUUCCCCCACCAACCCCACUCCCUGGAGCCUGUCACGGACACCCCCCACCAGAGCCUCCCCCUGAGGAAGACGCACUCUGACCUCGACACAACCUUACCUGCAGAUAAAGCUGUAGAGCACCGUGUCUCAAACCAGCUUCACCCAGGCACUAUGGACCACUCUGGUCUCCUGUGCUCAAACACACCCUCGGCUUCCUGGAACGGACCAAAGGGCUCCACCUUUUCUCCCGGGGCGUGGAACGAGCCGUACAACUACAGCAUGAGCAAAGGCCCGGCGGUCCCCCCCAAACAGCACAGCGUCAUCGGCCACGCCGGUGGAGGGCUGCAGGACGGCUUGAUGCUGGUGAGCUCGGGACAGUCGAUGAGCUCGCACGGCAGCUCCUUCACGUCUGUGACGGACUCUUCAGGGAGAGGAGGGAAUACCGCGCCGGGGAUUUCACUGGUGACGCCGUCGAUGGGGAAGCGGAGCGAGACUGAAGGAGCGGCGGCGGACGGAGGGAGACGAGCUGGGGGAGGGAGAGUUGGGGAAGCGGGGAGAAGCAGGGAGAGGUCGGCACGUUCCAUAGCAGCACAGAAAGCCUUCAAGUUCCGGGAGCGUUCCCUUUCCACACCCACAGAAUCUGGUUCCUUCAGCUUUGCAGAGGGUGGUGUGGGCCAGCCAGAUGAGAACGUCAUGUCCACUGGGAAUGGAAAUGCUUUGGCAAUAGCAGACCUCCAACAACAGCACCACCACUUCCUCGGUUUGAGCGAGAACUACGCUCUCCUGUACCCGAGGGGAAGCUCCGAAGACAGCGCCAGUACCACUGAUACGAUAUCUGUCACGGCGUCGGACUACAGCGCUGAUGGCCGCCUGCGCCUACGCUCCCGCUCCAUCUCCCUCAAGAAAUCCAAGCGCAAGCCACCGCCUCCAGUGAGGAGUGUCUCUUUAAUGAAGAACCUCGGAGAAGCCCAGGGAAGAAUCCACCAUGAGGGUGGCCUUUAUCGGGACGGACGCCCAAAGAGCUUGCAUAUCCCGAGGGAUCACUUCCCAGACUUCCAGGCUGAUUUCCUCCUGCCCAGCUCCUCCUGCUCCUCUCGACCCAGUGUCAGUGAGAGGGAGCUGGGACAUGGAGGCAGCGAUGGACCCCCGAGCCUGGAGGUUCAGCCACCAGAGAGGGAGGGAGAGACAGAACUGACCUUCCCCACUCACUGGCAGCUGGGGGACUGGAAGAAUGACCCUUACAGGUCUCUCUCAGGCUCCAGCACAGCGACUGGUACCACAGUGAUUGAAUGUAUGAAAGUCCGAAGCAGCUCCGAGUCACUCCUUGACUCUCCCUCCACCUCCAGAGGCACCUCCCCCUCGCAGCUCUCCAUGGAAACUGAAGUCAAGGCGUCCUCGCCCUUCAAACCCCCUGGACUGAUGUCACCAUCAAGUGGUUACUCCAGCCAGUCAGAGACUCCCACUCCAACUGUUCCACUCAGCCAUGUGGCAGGUCAGGGGACGCUCGGGACGUUGGGGUGUAAGUUGCGCCCGAAAAUUCCAGAAAGGAAAUCGUCCCUUCCUUCACCCAAGGACCCGUCUGCGAGGUCCAGGUUGUCCUUUGAGAUGCCGGGGAAUGCACAUCUGGAGCUGUGUUCCAUCAAGCCGAAGCAAAAGGCCAGCAGACGGCAUUCUGACACCUCCACAGCAGCGAAACCAGGGAAAGUCAGUCCGAGCUCUUCACACGCUUUGCCUGUUGUUACCCAGAACGAGCUGAAGACUAUUCGGCUUCGCUCUGUCUCUCGCGGAGACCUCGAGGACUGUCCUGAUGGUGCGUCUGACACCAUUGAAGAAGAGCAGCACGGCAGAGACUUCUGUGAAUUCCCCAGUCCUCCGCCCACUCUACCAAAACCCAAACCACCCGUCGCUGUCAAGCCCCCUUUGCCCAAGCGACCAAUAAACCUCCUCAUCAAGGCUCCUUCCCCCUCCUCUACGUCCCCUCUUGCCCUGGACUCACCACCGGGCUCCCCCGUGGAACGGCCUGUGCCCUUGGGCAACAUCUACAAAGUCAUGAGAAGACCCAAACCCAAAAAACUUCCUCCCCCAACUUUAUCAAGUCCGUCUGGUCUCCCAGAGUCAAAUUUCACUUCCAACGCACAAACUGGUUAUGAUCAUCCCUUCCUCCACCACUCCCAGUCCCUCUUCGAUCUCCCUCCGCUCCCGGAUCCUCAGCCUCUCCUGGAGGACCCGGCGUUAGAGCCUGAAUUUGAAUCCGACCACGAGAUCCGGCUUGGGCCUGAAGAUGGAGGUUCACUCCCUUCUCCGUGCAGUAAUCAGGAGGCCCAGGAGCUCCCGGACAAGAGCAAGACACUCCCCUCCAGGUUGACCAUCUCCUGUCUGUCAGAGCUGUCGGACAAAAAGAAACCCAAGGUUCCUCCUCCAGUCCCCAAGAAGCCCAGUGUUCUGCUUCUCCCCACGUCGGUCCACUCCUCCACGAAUGGCAGCGCCGAUCGACAGACGCCGCAGGCCGACAGCCCCGUGGGCCUUCGGUCUCCAGUUGGAAGACUCCCACCAGACUAUUUUUCCAGCGUUCCCUGUGCUCCAGAUAUGCCAGAGCUAGAUGAGAACCACUUGGAACCAGACGAGGAGAGUUCCAAAGAGUCGUCACUUCAGUCCACCGUGCAGGAUUCCUCUUUCACUGAGCUCGAGGGGAAGAUGGCCGCCACUGGGAUCGGAGCAGAUGACUCCGAUGAGAAGACUGUGCUCCACAUCGCCGAGGAGACGGAUGACGACCUGCCGGCCACGCCGACAUCACACACCACCGAAGACCUUUUCACUAUCAUACACAGGUCCAAGCGAAAGGUUCUGGGUCGCAAGGAGCCGACCGACUCCUUCGGCAGCCGACAGAGCCUGGUGUCCCCCGUGAAGCACAGCGCCGGCAGCACCGACCUCCGGACCAUGACCUUGGGCAGCAGUCAGAGGUCAAGCUCCCGCAACGACAACUUCAUGGCCCUGCUGCAGAAGAAAGGCAGCAAGUCUUCCAGCGGAGGGGCCAGAGUUUCCGCCAUGGAGCUUCUCAAAAGCACAAACCCUCUGGCACGACGGGUCACCGAGUUCUCCAGCACCACAUCCACGUCCGCGGAGGGGGAAGAGGCAGCACCUGGGAACGGCCAGCCCAGCGACCAGUGAAUGGAAGUAUCAUGAGUGUGAACCAGGUCCGAUUGCUGAUGACAAGGCUACUAAACAACUCUACAAUGCGCCGCCCUCUGCAGGUGGGACCCUCCGACCAACCAGAUCGCUCCAACUACUGAUCGACCAUUUGCACCGUCCAAUCAAAGUGGGGCACAGUUUUGGACAAAAUGGUCCCUUCCAUGGUUGGAGCACUGUAGUCAUCUGUCAAACCGGGCCCCUGUUGGACAGAGAGGACAUUGUGGAGAACGAUUCAGGUUCUCACAAUAUUGAAAAGGUGGCGGCUGUGAGGCUGUUCCUCAGUGUGGAGGUCAGAUGGAUUAAUGAGUGCGUGGAGCAGACCCUGGGGAUUAUGUGGUUCUACCGUGGAUCUAUUCACUCCUGGCUCCUUCUGGAUGACGAGAGUCCCUGAUGAAGACAGUGGUUAAUGAAUCUUUAACCAGACGUACUGAUCCGCAGAUGAUCAGUCAUGAAAUAUAUCCAAGAAACAAAUGGAAUCACAUACCGAAGACUUUAACGUUCUUCUUCUUGGAACUUGAACUUUCCAGCCAGUAGCACCACAGCACCGACACCUGUGGACUUACAUGAAACGAAGGGUAAGUUCCUCAUGGGCAUGACGAGGCACCUGAGAAAGAAAAAGUUCUCAACACCUUGGACAUCACGGCUCCUCUCUACGUUCACUAGAGAAGAUGAAGCGGAGGAUUUACAAAGAGACACCACCAGGGGGCUUUUCUCCAGCGAGGAUGAGGCAUGAGCAUGUGUCACGUGUUUUGCUCCUCGUGCUCUGAACCUGGACGUGGACCUUCACUAAACAUUCCACGGAGGCAAAUGGACGCAAGCACUUUUUUUCUUCUCGUUAGCGUUGGAGCUCGUUUACACGGUGCAGCAUUUGCAUCGCUACGUUUUCUUCUUGAGAUCCUCCUCAAUCAUUCGUUUUUAAGUCUUUGUUUAGACUUUGUUCUUUUUGCAUAUAUAUUUUUUUUGCUAGAUUUUACCAUAAACUGUACAUGUUCGGUUGGAUUGUACUUUGUGUAUCGUGUACAAAGACCAGAGUCGCUCAUCUAUCAGUCGUUCAAAGAUAAUGUACAGACAGAGCAGCCGACAGCUUGGACUGCAAACUGCCCACGGAGGGAAAACACACACAGACUCAAGAGGAAACGCCUCGGAGAUCUACACAAGUGUGUGUCUGUACGAGUGUGUGUGUUUGUACGAGUGUGUGUGUGUGUGUGUGCAGAUGAAAUCUUGCCUGUUGAUUUUCUGUACGGAGAGCAUGACGCAGGCCGGGUUAUUCAACAGGGUUUUUAUUCAUGUUUUGGUCUCUGGUGACGGGACCAAAGGACUGUUAGAAAAACAACACACAGACCAGAGGGGACCGAGUUGUGCAUAUGUGUGUGUCUGCACUCGUCUUUGUGUGUCUGUGUGUGUGUCCGUGUGUGUGUGUGUGUAGAGGGAAAUGCCAAGAACAAAGAGGGAGACAGAGGGAGAGAGUGCAUGAACGUAUGUCUCCAACAUGUGUGCAUAUUCUGGCUUGUGUGUGUUUGUGUGUUUGUCAUCACGCAGUUCCAGAGUGAUGUCGAAGGGUCGUUCCUUUUUUUGUUGUCCUCUGUGCACAUUAACGUCCUCCGUCUCUAUCGUCUCAGAGGGGAGAUGGUGGCCUGCGCCCUCCUCCUCCUCUUCCUCCUCCUCCUCCUCCACCUCCUCGCCGCUCGCUCCUCGCCUCCUUUCAUCACUGCUGGUUCCUCUCUGCAAUUAGCAUCAUCUCUCUCUUUCCCUCCUGUAACCUCCCUGGCAUGUCGCACUCUCUCUCUCUUCACCGACAAAUAGCAGCUCUCUGUAGCGCCGCCUCCAUUUUGCUAAAUCCUUAUCUUCCCUCUUCCUUCCUCUCCCCACCUCCUUUGACCCUCUCCCACUUUCCGUUAACCUUCUCUCGUUCCUCUCGUCUCGCUCUUCCUCCCCUUCACCUCUCUUUGCUUUCAGUCUAUGCAUCUGAGCUCGACAGACGACGCAACACCGGAUGAAUGUCAAUGAACGACUGUUAGGAAACUUAGACGCCGUGCUUCGCUUGAUAGUGCAUGAGACAUAUUUCUACCAGUGCUUAUCUUCUGCCUUCUCUUUCUCUUUCUAUCGCUCUAUGAGUUUUUAUAUAUUUUUUUUCCUUUACAUGAUCCAUAGACGAUGGAAUGAACGUGGAUGAAUGAGUGAGAGAGUGAGAGAGUGAGUGGAUCAGUGCACAAACACAGAAACAGGCAGGGUUUGCCUUUGUUUUUGCGUAAACGGACUUUGGGACUGUGAACGGACGCCCUGUGCUCCUCACUCCUGGACGACUGGUUCUGGAUCAGUGAUUGGACGCUUGCAUCAGUGGUUCAGCUCUAAAAUCAUGACCUACCCCCCCGCCUUGCAUGAAAGGACCCCCGCAGAGAGAGGAGGGGAACCUGUCGUCUCCUGACUCCCCCCAAGCAAAACUAUCCCUCGGUGCUAUUGAGUCAGAGCUCCCCCUGUUGGAUGGAAAUGUACACAACAACAGCAGCAGAGUAAAAAGAUAAACUGUCACACACAUCCUUCAGGAAAACCAUCAUCCUGGAAAAAGAUUUUAAAAACUGAAGAAAUGAUGACUCGUCGAGUGACGCUUGUUUUAAAUAUUUAGUGAAUGGAAAAAAGAAGAACUUAUAAAACUCUGUGUGUGUUUGCCUUGUAAACUGAAUUAUGGGCGUGUUGCUGAGGCGCCUUGUGUUUUUUUUUUAUGUUACAUUUUUUUAUUUCAGCUGCCUCGGUGGUACACACACAAACACAACUUUUUCUAAAUCAGGCCGAGAUAACGUGUUGAAGGAAGCGUUCAAGAAUCUGGUGAUCGGGACGUUUCAAAGCAAAACUACGCAGCUUUUGAAAAUGAGUUUGAUGUGUGAGUGUGAACAAGGAGAAAGUUUCCUCCUCUCCCUGAGCAUCUGUUCUGUGUAACUCUGGUGAGUGGGUUCCAUCUCCUGGGAGAAGAACUGACUGAGAGUCACAAACUGUCACAAUCAGCUCCAGGUGAAGUGUGAAGCUGAACUGAGAUCAGUUAAAAACACUCUGAAGUUAUUAAAAACCAGAGUUAUCUCCAAUAUUCCGCAGGAAACUGUAAAACAGGAAGAAUUCUAAACAAAAGUUUAGUGGAUUUGUUGCAGAAGCAGCUCUUCAGGGUGAGGGAGCAGAGGAUCAUGGGUAAUAUCCAGCAUACCCAGAAUCAAUCACCACGUGUGGCUGCAGGGGGCGCUGUUGCUCAGUGAAGGUUACAUAGUGUUGCUUUAAGCUGGUAUCAUAUCGUACGUGAUAUUUUUCUUUCAGACCAAUCACGUAUCUGAGAUCCGACAGGGGAGUGGCCAGAACGAGACAAACUUUUAUUCAAACACACAUGUGAUCAUGAAACCAUUGUGUUGUUUCAUUUUGUGAACACAAAGAAAACGAGGGUGUUAUCUCCUCUGUUGAGAUACUUUAUCCUGUAGAGAUACUUUAGGCCUCCAAGAGAUUUCUGUAAUGCAGCACUACCGGCCUCUAAAACAAGCUGACAGUACAUCAUAUUGAAAAUGUCAUUUCUAUAAAGUGUGAGGGUGAGAGCCGGAGAGAGGCAGAUAUUGAAUAUUUAAUCCAUUAUCCCGUCUUUGGGAGGAGGAAGUGGGGAGAGAGAGGAAGGAGGGGAGGAUGAGGUGUUCGGCUGGAUUCUGCUGAAUGUGGGGAUUACCACGCCGGAAUUUAUACGUUUCUAUUCCCUCCUGUUCCCUCACCUCCUCUCCCCUCCCCCCCCGUCGUCUGAGGAGUAAUCACGUUAAGAGCUUUCCCCUCUCUCUCACUCUCUCUGCUUCUUCCCCUGCUCGGUGAUGGAAGGUGCAGGGAAGCAGAUCAAGAAAUCGCGGGUAAUUAAUUUCGGUUUAAUUUUGCAGCUGCGUAGAGCAACCUGUGGCUCAGAGACAAAAAUGUACAGUUAAAGGUUAAGUUGGAGACAGAAAGAUCAAAGUUUAUCUGAAGAAUAAGACGUGUGUGUGUGUGUGUCUGUGUGUGUGUGUGUGUGUGUAAGGUUUAAUGAGUAAAGCUUCUAUAAUGAGACCAAAUGGCAGAAGAGCAAAGACAAAUCAAACGUCCCCUCAGACUUAAGAGUCCAGAACAAAGUCAAGUACCAGUAAGGACGUGGAAAUAUUAUAUAUCGGAAACAGCUAUGAUGAUAAAAAAAAAAGCUAUUAUUUUUAUGACUGUAUAGAGAAAUCUGCCCCAACAGCUUUAAAAUAAAU